AAUUUGGGGGUUUAAACAACAGAACUUUAUUCUCUCACAGUUCUGGAGGCCAGAAGCCUAAAAUAAAGAUGUCAGUAGGGCUAUACUCCUUCAAAAGUCUUAGGGGAGAAUCCUUUCUUGAGCCUUUCAGCUUCUGCUGGAUCCAGGCAUUCCUUAUUUCUGCAUAACUCCAACCUCUGCCUCCAUCUUCACAUGGCCUUCUCUCUGUCUUCUCUGUUGUCUCUUAUACGGACACUUAGCAUUGGACUUUGGUCCCACCCCAAUAAUCCAGGAUGAUCUCAUGUAGAGAUCCUUAAUUUAAUUAUCCACAAAGACCUUUUUUGCAAAUAAGGUCACAUUCACACGUUCCAGAAGUUAGGACGCUGACAUGUCUUCUUAGGAACGACCAUUCAACCUACUACGAAGACUGAAUGAACAAACAAACGUAUCCACAAGUAUGGAUCAUCUGAGUCAAAAUAUCCACCUUUAUCCUUAACAUUUUCUUGUUUUGGCUGUCAGAAGGAAACUAGAAGACAUAAAUCAAGCUGGUAAUUUAAUAAUUCCAAUGUAAGUCAACCCAGUACUGGUAAAUAAUAUACUCAAACACUCACAUGAAAGUUAAAGCAGUGACAUGGCAGUGGCCCCAACAUGAAAUGAUAACACAUAAAGAAAUAUCAAUAUUUAUAUUAUAUUUAUAUAAAUGUAUAUAAAGUGCAAAUGUGAGGAUGGUGCAGGAUCAGACAGUGUUUCGUUCUAUUGUACAUAGGGUUGGUAUUGGUCAAUAACAACAAAAUAACUGCUGUUACAGCAUUUAUCCAGUAUUCUCUCAAAUACCUAGUUAUCAUAUUCAAUAAUGUGCAAUAAUGGCAAGUUCAAUAUUUAGAUAAUUAUAAAACCAAGGCAAUAAUCAAAAGAUGGCUAGUAAUUUUUACUCUAAGUUAAACAUGGAUAAUCUGACCAUUUUGAUUCAUUGGUUAAUUUGAAUAUAGUCCAAUUUGCAUUAGAUCAAACUGAUUUUAAUCAGUAAGGUGUUAAUUUUGAUGUUUUGUAGACAAUGGUUUUAAGUGAAAAUAUUUGUUUAGUGUUUAAAUGUUUAAUGUGCAUCUGAAAAAGAAAACAAAGAAAUGUUUUUGAGAAACAUAUUAAUUUCUUAAGACAACAGAUUUUAACUGAAUCGAGUAUUUUAUCUUUUUUUCAUUUUUAUUUUACAUGUCUGUUUAACAGAACGCUAACACUUAAAAGAGGUUUUAAAAAAAUCUCUUCAUUAAACUUGUUUUAAUAAUGCCAUUAGUCAAUCAGGUUUUACUUAGGAAAAAUGUUGUGAAAACCAGGCCAUCUGCUGAGGUGCUACAGUUACACUUGGCCCUCAAAAUGUUUUUGGCAUGAUCUGUUUCAGCACUCUGUUGGAUUAUAAACCCUCAAAACAAGUUCACCUUGAUCUUUUACAUUAAACCCAAAGUAUCUCAGAGACAAAAUCUGACAUAAGUCUAAACCUGUGACGUUUCCAUCCAAAGAAGGCAGAAAUAAAACAGGACUUUGGAUUUGGUUACAAUAAAACAUCAGAAGUACCAGAAAUACAAGCCCUGAAGCUGUAUCAAUAGGGAAUUAUGGCAAACAGUGCCUCUCCUGAACAGAAUCAAAAUCACUGCUCAGCCAUCAACAACAGCAUCCUGCUGAUGCAGAGCAACCUCCCCACCCUGACGUUAUCCGGAAAGAUCCGAGUGAUAGUUACUUUCUUCCUUUUUCUACUUUCCACAACCUUUAAUGCUUCUUUCUUGUGGAAACUUCAGAAGUGGACUCAAAAGAAAGCGAAAGGGAAAAAGCUCUCACGAAUGAAGGUGCUUUUAAAACAUCUGACCUUAGCCAACCUGCUGGAGACUCUGAUUGUCAUGCCACUGGAUGGAAUGUGGAACAUUACAGUCCAAUGGUAUGCUGGAGAGUUCCUCUGCAAAGUCCUCAGCUAUCUGAAGCUUUUCUCCAUGUAUGCCCCAGCCUUUAUGAUGGUAGUGAUCAGCCUGGAUCGGUCCCUGGCCAUCACGAGGCCCAUAGCUGUGAAAAGCUACAGUAAGCUCAGACGGUCCAUGAUCAGCCUGGCCUGGAUCCUCAGUAGUGUCUUUGCUGGACCACAGUUAUACAUCUUCAGAAUGAUCCAUGUAGCAGACAGCUCUGGACAGACCAAUGUUUUCUCUCAAUGUGUAACACACUGCAGUUUUCCACAAUGGUGGCAUCAAGCCUUGUAUAACCUUUUCACCUUCAGCUGCCUCUUCAUCAUCCCUCUUCUCAUCAUGUUGAUCUGCAAUGCAAAAAUCAUCUUCACCCUGACACGAGUACUUCAUCAGGAUCCCCACAAACUGCAACUCAAUCAAUCCAAGAACAAUAUACCAAGAGCACGGCUGAAGACCCUAAAGAUGACAGUUGCAUUUGCCACUUCAUUUACUGUCUGCUGGACUCCCUACUACGUCUUAGGAAUUUGGUAUUGGUUUGAUCCUGAAAUGUUAAACAAGGUGUCUGACCCAGUGAAUCACCUCUUCUUUCUCUUUGCUUUUUUAAAUCCAUGCUUUGAUCCACUUAUAUAUGGAUAUUUUUCUCUGUAAUUGAUAGACUUCAUAGGAAAUUAUGUAAGGAAAGAGCAGGGUAAUGAACUUCCCCAACUUGGAAUGACUUAACUUAAAAGAUGCAGCACGUUUACAUGCAAACAAAGCAGGAUUUAAGGCUAAUUUAUCAUACUUAUUUUUUUAGAAACCACAUUGUCAUAGCCUCAAUUAUAAGGAAAAACAAAACCUUCAGAAAAAAUACUGAAAUAUUUCUUUUUAAUCAAAAAACUUCUGAAUUAAUCUCUGCUCCUUCACAACUCCUAAGCACAUUACUUAGGUUUUUCAUCACUUUCUCUUUGUAUAAUGAUAUUUAAAUAUUUAACAUAGCCAUGGUCUAAGGUGAAGAGAUACCAAAAACGUACUGCUGAGAACCUACCCUCAGCAUGGCUUGGAAGCAAUUACAAUUUUAUGUUAUAACAAUACAUAGAACACAAAGACAGUGCUUCGC